AUGCCCCCCAGGAUAAGGGGGACGCCCCGUGAAGACUGUGGGGUGAAAGGGGGACCCCAUGCCCCCCCCAGGCUUGCCCAUGCCAUCCGCCUGCUGCUGGAGUACACGGAGACGCCCUACGAGGACAAGCUCUACAGCUGCGGGGAAGCUCCCGACUACGACAAGAGCCAAUGGAUCAAUGAGAAGGAGAAGCUGGGGCUGGACUUCCCCAACCUCCCUUACUUCAUUGAUGGCACCACCAAGCUGACGCAGAGCAAUGCCAUCAUGCGCUACAUUGCCCGCAAGCACAAGAUGUGUGGUGAGACGGAGGAGGAGAUCCUCCGUGUGGACAUGCUGGAGAACCAGAUCAUGGAUUUCCGCAUGAGCCUGGUGAUGGUCUGCUACAACCCCGACUUCGAGAAGCUCAAGCCGGGCUACCUGGAGCAGCUCCCGGGGAAGCUGAAGCUCUUCUCCAACUUCUUGGGGGACAGAAAGUGGUUUGCAGGGGAGAAGCUCACCUUCGUGGACUUCCUCAUGUUUGACGUGCUGGAGCAGAACCGCAUCUUCGAGCCCAAGUGCCUGGAGCCCUUCAAGAACCUCAAGGACUUCAUGGAUCGCUUUGGGGCCCUGGAGAAGGUGGCUGCCUACAUGAAGUCCAGCCGCUUCUUGAAGAUGCCCAUCAACAACAAAAUGGCCAAGUGGGGCAACAAGAAGGAGUAGGGGCCUGGC